UCCACUUUCUCUCGCUGGGCAGGCAGGCAGGCAGCUGUACAUCUGCAAACCCAGCCCGUGGCCAGCCGUUUGUUUUGGAGAUAUUACGUCGACCUAAAUUUUCCCGUUUUCCUUCAGCCAAGUCGGAACUAUGUCCAGCUAGGAAGAUGGACAGGAGAUUCGGAAGCCCACUGCGAGGAGUGGCUGCGGAUCAUGAGGAGCCGUACCCCAGUUUAUCAGACUUCCACGAUUACGAGCCUAACCUCGAGUUUGACGACACAGAGCUGGAAGCGGCUUCAAGCGAUGCAAUUCACGAGACGCCGGAGGAUUUGCUGGACGAGUAUUUAGAGUCGCCGGUGUCAGACGGAACUAUUGAAGAAAACUUUGAGAAAGAGCUAGCGGCGGACAGUUCCUUAGUUUUCCUGGAGGAGGCAAAACCCACAGCGGCCACCAUUGAGGACCAGGAAGAUGACUUCAGCGAUGUGGCCAAAUAUGAGAUAGUGGAGGUGGCAGGAGAUGACGCAUACGGACGAAAGGUGAUUGUUGUGUCGGCUUGCAAAUUGCCAAGCAACCAGGAGCUGAACCAUAACCGCUUCCUGCGCUACCUGAUGGCAACCCUUGACCAGUUUGUGGAGGAGGACUACAGCUUGGUCUACUUCCACUACGGUCUGACCGGCAAAAACAAGCCGCCAAUGUCGUGGCUGUGGCAGGCGUACAAAGCGUUUGAUCGCAAGUACAAGAAGAACCUGAAGGCCCUGUACCUGGUGCAUCCCACUAAUUUCAUCAGGGUGAUUUGGCAGUUAUUCAAGGCCGUUAUCAGUGCGAAAUUCGGCAGAAAAAUCAUGUACGUCAACUACCUGCAUGAGUUACGACAGCACCUGCACUUUGAUCAACUUCACAUUCCACAACCAGUUCUAGAACACGAUGAGCGACUGAUGGCCAAGUUGCGGCCAUCACAAAAACCACAAGUUUCACUGCCAGAAACCCACCAAGCGAGCGCCACCUCCAGCUCUGUGUUCCACGCUCAAUUGCCAACCCAACAAUUUGGAGUCUCGUUGCAGUUCAUACGGGACCACUCUCCGGCAGACGACGACUUUAUCCCGCCUGUGGUCAGGCAGUGCGUCGAAUUUCUCAGCCAGCCUGACGCUCUAGAGACUGAGGGAAUUUUCCGGCGUUCGGCUUCGACCGUGUUGGUAAGGGAGAUCAAGAGCCAGUGCAACAUGGGACACAAGCCUGACUUCAAUGGAGACGUCCACAUGGCUGCCGUGCUGCUCAAGACAUUCCUCCGGCAGCUGGACGAGCCUUUGAUGACGUAUGAGUUGUAUGACGAAAUAUGCGCUUUCCAGACGCUAGACAAAGACGAACGAUCCAGAACGGUCAAGAUCAUGAUACUAGAAAAGCUGCCCGAGGAUAAUUAUAGGACGUUAAAAUAUAUCAUGCAGUUCCUAUCCAAGGUGAUGGACAGAAGUGACCUGAACAAAAUGACCUCAGCCAACCUUGCCGUCGUUUUUGGUCCGAACCUAGUGUGGCCGCAACAUGGCCAGAUGACGCUCUCCUCUAUCGGACCUAUCAACCAGUUCACGGACUUUCUGCUCACCAAUCAGGAUGAGAUCUUCAUAAUCUAGCCUGUGAUGGCGCAAACAAAACUACCGACUGUGAUAGUCCUUUUGUUUGUCACUUGUGCGUCUGCUGAAUUGGUUGAACAAGUCCACACACCACCACAACCACCCGCAAUGGCUAUUUUUAUCAGUUUGAUAACUCUACUACCAUAAUACUACCCUGUUUAGUAACACAGAAACGUGCAAUGUCGCGCUCUUCCCUGCUGACGUGCGAUUCAUCGAGGGGCGCACGAUUUAAGGUCAAUUAUUUUUGUACAGAUGGAGAGCGUCAAAGCUGUAGGGUUGUUUACUUUUUGUUUUCUCUCGCGUGUUCGGGCCCGGUGCAUAAAAUGUGAUUUGUGCUGAAAUCUCGUCUUUUUCACCGACCGAAAUUUAAUAAUAUAUAAUUUUCUGCGUCACAAAUCGGUUCUGGAUUUCGAGGAGCACUAACCAAAGCACUAUCACAACAACAGCAACACGAUCGUUUUCACCGUAAAGUAAUUAAGUGCACCGACUAAUUGUUCUCUGCAAAGUCAUUCCCCUAGUCUGUACAGGUUACAACCAUGUUACUAUGCCUGCUAGUGUUGUUUUCUUGAGCAAAGAAAUCGUAUUUAUAAACGCUGGACUCUUCAUUAAUUUACAAAAGGAGUGAGUGAGAACUUAAUAAGAAUCAUCGCGUUAAUUUGUAGUAACCAUACCUAUAUAUAUGAAAUAAGGACAGCUCGCAGGGCUGAUGUUGUAAGCUAACUUCAUUAUUUUUAAUUUUGAGCUGGCUCCCUUACCUUUGAUCAAAACUUUGUAUUGCAUUUUGGUGAAACUAGAGUUGUGUCUGUUUGAUUUUUUGAUUAUUCUUAAGCCGACAUUAAGUUUCUUUUGGUUGAACAGGUCAUUUUUUAGGAACCUUUUUUUCGUAAAUACAAACCCUGCAACUAACUGAAUCUCAAGAUUUUCUUCAAUGGCCUACGACGUUUUCGUACAUGUAUAAAUAGCCCAUAUAUACAUAUUCCAAAUGAUGAGACUUUGAGGAUAAUUGUUUGUCAAUCCCAUCGAUCAAUCAAUGUGCAAGUUUUUGUGAGCUUCAGUGAAUACAUAUUAUCUCUCCAUUGAUUUACUACCAUUCUCACCCAUUAAAUUUGUUGGUACAACAAUUAAACAAGGAUUUACGCUCGAAUUGUUGCAAAAGUAAUCAAUGAAAUAAUAUAUUUUAUGUUAUUAAA